AUGCCUCACGCCACCAGCGAACAGCCGCUCACUAACGGUGACAAGCUGUCGUCGCAAUUUGUCCACCACUUGGCCUCCUACCCCGUCGUCAACGACAGCAUCAAGGCUGUGCAGCAGAACCCAUACGGCAAGAAGUCGAUCGAGCUUGCAGACGGCGCAUACCAGAGGUUUGGCAAGCCAGUGCAGCCAUACCUCGAGACACCAUACAGCUACGCCAAGCCAUACGUCCAGAAGGCCGACGAGAUCGCCGACUCUGGCCUGAGCCAUGUCGAGCACCGCUUCCCAAUUGUCAAGGAAGAGACACAUACCAUUGUUGACAACGUCAAGAGCCUCGUUUGGUGGCCAUACUCAUACGCUACCGACACAUGGCAAGACGAGUACAGCAAGACCGCCAAGUCGAAGAACCGUGGUGAUGGCCUCCCGCUCCCAACGCUCGUCCUCGCCUACAUCAGCUUCAACCUCCGCGUAGCCUCUGACUUUCUCCACACUGUGGCCAAUACUGUUGGUCCCAAGUACGAAGAGAGCAAGAAGAAGGGCGCCGACUACGUCCGCGAAGCCCAGAACCAGGCUGAGCACUACAAGAAGGUCGGUCAGGAGAAGGUCGACGAGUACACCAAAUUCGGCCAACAAAAGGCUGAAGAAGCCAAGAAGCAAGGCGAAGAGACCGUAGACGAGGCCAAGAAGCAGGGUGAGGAGACCAAGGAGCAGGCCAAGUCGAAGGCUAAUGGCGCCAAGGAGGAAGCCAAGAAGAAGGCCGACAAGUAG